GCGUUCCAGAGGUGGUUGCUAUGGUGACCUGGAUGCUGACGAAGGCUUGUGAGGCUGAGAAGACAAAUUGCCCUCAUCAUUAUCUCCCAGCUUGUCAAUCAUCCAUAUUCGCUUAUUUACCUCUGAGCGGGAAAGAGCACUAGGAGCUGAAGGAGGGGAGAAAAGCCCACCCAAGUGUGCGCUCGGGAGAGGAGAGAGAGGUGUUCCUGUGAAACUUCACGCCAGGGGAGGCAGUCACCAUCCAGGAUGGCAACCAUCACCUGCAACCGGUUCACGGAAGAAUAUCAGCUCUUUGAAGAGCUGGGGAAAGGUGCUUUCUCAAUCGUCAGGAGGUGCGUGAAAGUGUUGUCAGGACAAGAGUAUGCUGCCAAGAUCAUAAACACCAAGAAGCUCUCAGCUCGUGAUCAUCAGAAGCUUGAAAGAGAAGCUCGGAUCUGCCGUCUCCUGAAGCAUCCUAAUAUAGUGAGGCUCCAUGAUAGCAUCUCAGAGGAGGCACAUCACUAUCUGAUAUUUGACCUGGUGACAGGUGGCGAGCUGUUUGAAGACAUUGUAGCCAGAGAAUACUACAGCGAAGCAGAUGCCAGCCACUGCAUCCAGCAAAUCCUGGAAGCUGUUUUACAUUGCCACCAGAUGGGUGUGGUACACCGGGAUUUGAAGCCAGAGAAUCUCCUGUUGGCAUCUAAAUUGAAGGGAGCUGCUGUUAAAUUGGCUGAUUUUGGACUUGCCAUUGAAGUGGAAGGGGACCAGCAGGCUUGGUUUGGUUUUGCAGGUACUCCAGGGUACCUGUCCCCAGAAGUGCUCCGAAAGGACCCUUAUGGCAAAGCUGUGGACUUGUGGGCUUGUGGAGUCAUUCUCUAUAUUCUGCUGGUUGGCUAUCCUCCUUUCUGGGAUGAAGAUCAACAUCGACUCUACCAGCAGAUCAAAGCUGGAGCCUAUGAUUUUCCUUCCCCUGAGUGGGACACUGUCACUCCCGAAGCAAAAGACCUCAUCAAUAAAAUGUUGACAAUCAACCCAUCCAAACGUAUCACAGCAGCAGAGGCUCUGAAGCACCCCUGGAUAUCACACCGUUCCACUGUGGCUUCUUGUAUGCACAGACAGGAGACUGUGGAUUGCUUGAAGAAGUUCAAUGCCAGAAGGAAGCUAAAGGGAGCCAUCCUCACUACCAUGCUAGCAACCCGGAAUUUUUCUGGAACUCCAGGAGGGAAAAGCGGUGGCAACAAGAAGAAUGAUGGUGUGAAGAAAAGAAAGUCCAGUUCCAGCGUUCAGUUAAUGGAAUCUUCAGAGAGUACGAACACAACGAUUGAAGAUGAAGACACCAAAGUACGGAAACAGGAAAUCAUUAAAGUGACGGAGCAGCUGAUUGAAGCAAUAAGCAACGGGGACUUUGAAUCCUACACAAAAAUGUGUGACCCUGGGAUGACUGCCUUUGAACCAGAAGCUCUAGGGAACCUAGUUGAAGGGCUGGAUUUCCAUCGAUUCUACUUUGAAAACUUGUGGUCCAGAAACAGCAAGCCGGUGCACACUACUAUUCUGAAUCCACACAUCCACUUAAUGGGAGACGAGUCUGCCUGUAUUGCUUAUAUCCGCAUCACACAGUACAUUGACACGAGUGGCAUCCCACGCACCGCACAGUCUGAGGAGACUCGGAUCUGGCACCGCCGGGAUGGAAAAUGGCAAAUUGUUCACUUUCACAGAUCUGGAGCACCUUCGGUUUUGCCACACAUUCCAAACCAGUGCAGCUCAUGGCAGAAGAGCGAUGCCCCAGCACCACUAAACAGUUGCAGUGCAACCCAUGCUUCACAGGACUGAUGACAGCUUAACUGAAAAAUCAGUCGCUCAGGCCAGGUUUCUCACUGCCUCACCAUAAAGGGAAGAUCCUUGCUAUCCUUUAUCUAGGGAACUUGGCUGCUGACUCAACUACUUGGUUCUUGCUGGAAUUCCUUUCACACACAGAGCAAUUCACCAAAAUAAACCGAGAAUUUAAUGGACUUUUCUCCUUCUGUUCUGCACGCUCCAUGUUUGCCACCAUUGUGCCAUUCUAGUAGAGCAGGGCAUGCACCAGAGCCCAAUUGCAUGAAACAGCUUUCUGUGUAAAAGGAGAAGCCCACAAGAGUAUAUCUAGGCUGAGAGACAGCCACCCACCAGUACUGGCCACAGAGCUCAUGGAUUCACUCUGGUUAAAUAUUCUCACAGUUAAGAUGUUUCUCACAGGGACUGGAUUAUUUCAGUCUCAACUAUUUCGAGUAAGUCUCAAAGACUGCAAGAAUAGCGGGCAUGCAAUUGCCAGAGCAGACCUUGGUGGCCACAUUCUUUCCAUGGUGGAUUGAUAUCUGCACAUUGAUUUUGCUCCUUUUGGCUCUCAGUCAGUUUGUAUAAUCCGUCCAUAAUUAUUUAAAGGCCAUACAGUCCAUAACAUUCUGUCACCCCUGAAAACCUGCAUCUUCUAUUCAACAUUAGGCAAAUUCUGACAAGUAUCAACUUGAAAAUAUCUGCUAGGAUGAAUAGUUUCCUCCCCCUCCCCCCAAAAAACCAGUGAAUAAAAUAUGUCAUUAAUUUAUCUUCCCAGAAAAGUUUUUUUUAAUUUUGUUUUUGCUUUUGCUGAGCCAAGAGAAACUGAAAACAAUUUAAACAAAACAAAUAUUCAUUUCUUUCCCUCAUCGGGGCUUGAGUGAAGGAAAUGGCUGACAUGUAGUUGGCAUUUUAAUGUGUCUAAGAGCAAAUAAAUGAAGUGAUGGCUAAAAAGAUCUGGUAUGAUCAGGCAAUCUUUUUUGUGCGUAUGUUUAAUGUAGUGACAACCUCAUAUCAUGAGGCAAAUUUUAUCUCAAAUCAAUACAUGACAGGAAAUUUCUUCUUCCAGGGUCAGCUUGGUAAGGCCUAUCUUAUAUUUACAAAGGUACUUUCUAUUGAAUUCAACCUCCUUUCAACUCCUUCUACCACCCUUAUCCAAUACAAUUUGAAUCAGCCUCUGACCCCAUCAGUUAUCAAAUAAAUAAAUAAAUAAAAGUCCAACUCUUUCCCUUGGCAAUUUCCCCACAUAUACAUUUCAGGAAAUAUUGCAGCAGUGAAGAUGCUGGCACUAUGGCAACAGACUUGUCUCUUCAGUCUGAAAUAUAAAUAGAGGCCAACUCUUUCCAGCAAAGACGGAUAAAUGCAGGCUUUAAUAAUAACACAUUGAGGUGUUUCGGUUAUGCUUUUCACAAACACAAUGAAAUCUUUCGCUAUCUCUUGUACUUUGAGUGCAUGCCUUUUUUAAAUAGGGAAACCCCUCCCCCGAAAAUCCGUGUUAUUUCGUAAAUGGAUUUUGAGUAUUUGCUGAAAUGGAUCUUUAUGUAAUACCUAGAAAUAUCAACUGUUUGGGUUUGUGGCUGAUUUUUUAAUGAAGCUGGGGUGGGGGAUGGGGCUUAAUGUGCUACUGUUUACAUUUGAAGUUGACUUUGUGUCAAGUUGUUUUUGAAAGUGAAAGAGGGUACAAGAAGCUGGAAGUGAAGGAUGGAUUUCUGGUGUGGGUUUCUGGCCAAUUUCAUGAGUGGGCUUUAUGCUGUAAUUGGACUCCUUGUGGUGCAUUGUCUAUAUGCCAUGGAGAGGUUUGGAGAUGAAGAUGCUACAUCCUAAUGGGGACCCAACAAAAAAAGAAGGAGGAAAUCUCUGAACUGGUGUCAAAGGACAGCAUCUGCUUUCAAAGAACUUCAGAAUCAGCUUGAAAGAAUGAAGGAGUGGACCCUUCUCAACCCUGUGUAUUUUUUUUAAAAAAAUGAUAAACUGAAAGCCAGAGCAUCACUGACAUUAUGGGGACAUCUCUUGGAUGGACAUGGAAGGCUGAAAGACUUCCUUUGUGGCAUCACCGUCUUGCCUUCCAGUGCAGGUAUGGGAAGUGCAAGGGUUCUUAAUUUUUUUGGCAGUCUUUCUGUUUCUUGUUCCCUUUUAUGUUUUCCAACUUUGAAAGUCUUUACUCUUUGAUGUGAAAUUAACUACUGUGCACUUCUACUACCAGGGGAACUUAUAAAUGGCACUUUCUUUAUUUGCAUGACAUUAACUUUAUAAACAGCUAUGUGUACUUCGGAGCAAACAAAAUGCUUGUUUGUGGAUAAUAACUACAAAAAAAUGGGGGUAAACUUUCUGUAUAAGUUAUGAAUAGUGUAAAUUUUGCCUUUUCCGUGGUUUGAAGUGUUUAGCUUUCCAUCUUGUAAAGCAGGCUGGACAUUUGCCAUCAUAAACCAUGUUUGCAAAGUGCAAGAAUAAUUUCCCUUUGGAGCUGAGAGAAAGAAAUGAUUAAGAAUACAGGGGGACCAUUUGAUAGGAUUCCUUUGAUGUAAACAGCUAUUUACUUUGUAGUUGGUACAAAAUGUACAUGUGCCAUCUUCCAUUCUCUAGGAAAAACAGUGUAACACAACCUGAUAAUCUGAAUUAUGCUGAUGUUUGGUGGAACAGCAAAGAAUGAUGCUGAGGUGAGAAUUAUACUGUGAUGAGAAGGGCUUUCAUACUCGGACAGGUUUAGCAUAUGAAUAUGGACUUGAAGACAUGUUUACAUAUAUAUUUUUAAAGUAAUAUAGAUAGAUAGAAAGACAGAUAGAUAGAUGGAGAUCUCCCUCCACCCUCUAAUUAACUGAGUUUCAGUAAAGAUUUUUUUUGCUUCCAUAUCCUCUCCUGCCAGCAGUGUUUAAAACAGUACAUCUCACUGUUUAUUGUAUGGUACCUCCUCUGAAGGGUUAUUUUUGAACUGCCAGAGUUCAUGUGUCCUCAUCUUAUGUUGAGCAUCACCAAGUCUGCUGGUUAGCCAGUCCUCUGGAUCCCAAGGGAGAAAUUGAGUCUCCUCCUAAGAAUGCAUCUCCUCUUGAAAGCUACUGGCCACUGAACCAUUUCUGUGCCAACUCUGCUCAGGUGAUAGGUAAGGAUAUUUGUCACUGAUGCUUAACCUCUCUAUGCUGACCUGUACCGAUAGGUAAUAACCUCCUUUGGGCAUGAAAACC